CCUUUAUUUUAUAUGUUCGUUAUAAUUUCACAACUAACCCAAAGAGGUCAUAAAAAAGUGAGAAGUUCGCCAUGUUUUGCUAUGAACUGACGUAAGAAAAGCCUAAACUUACAAAAUUUUGGAGUGCACUUCAAAAAAAGGGAAAUAAUAACUAUCUACAUGUAACAUGUUUUCAUUGAAUUCCAUAAACUCCCAAAACCAGAUUCUUAUUAGCUUUAGUCAGCUGUCCUCUCGUUAUUCAUGUAUAUUCAAGCAAAAGAAGCACAAUAACAGUAAAAAUAAACAUGUGAAAAUCACAGAAGCCGCUCCUGGAUUCUACAAAGCCACAUUAUGCCCUGAAAGUCUAGAAGAAGCCGUAAACAAUUUCGAUAUAAAUGUUUUAAAAGACAUGGGUAAAAUUAAUUUAAGAUCUCUUAGAACAGUUUCUACACCUUGUAAAAAUUCCGUUAAAAGCGUCGUACAGUUAAGUUCUGCAAAAAAAGUGUCUCAUAUAUCAGGAGAAUCAUUUGAGAAGAACAAAAAUGGUUGGACGAAUGUACCGCAUGUACCAACUUUAACUGUCGAUUUUCGCGGUAAAAGCCCGAGAUUGACAUUCACUGAUAACUUUGUUGGACUGCUUGCAAGUGGAUUACAUGAUGAUGUGUUCAAAUACAAAAUACAGGUUCGCAAUUUUAAAACAGAGCGUAGUAUUCAUGCAGACCUGAAAAGGAAUCCUAAUCUCAUCAAUAGACUGCGGCUCAAUGUUAGUGAUGGUGCGGAAAAACAGCAGCAAAGUAACACGGGACCCGAGGUAGCGCCACGGCUGGAGAAACUCCUCACAGAAGACCAGCUCCUCACCAGUCAUCAGAAGGAUAAAAUUAAGAUUGCAUUCGCUGAAGGAUAUCUUGCAGGCUCGCACCCGGAGAAUGCCCGCACUUCAAAAGGCUCAAAAUACCUGAAGCUGGUGCAGCAGCUGCUGACCAUUGUGCUCUUCCUGGCUAUAUUCGUCAGCCUCAUGGCCUCCGUUAGUGGCACUGUCUUCCGCAGGAAUGUGACUAACAUGCGCAGGAUCCAGCUCGGCAACCAGGUAGAGGUGGACCCCGAGGACAUCAACGUCACCUUCGAUGAUGUCAAGGGAGCUGACGAGGCCAAGCAGGAACUUAAGGAUGUGGUGGAAUUCCUAAAAUCCCCGGAGAAGUUCUCGUCCCUAGGCGGGAAAUUGCCCAAAGGUGUGUUGCUAGUGGGUCCGCCGGGCACCGGCAAGACGCUACUGGCGCGUGCGGUGGCGGGCGAGGCGCGCGUGCCCUUCUUCCACGCCGCAGGGCCAGAGUUCGAUGAGAUAUUGGUCGGGCAGGGAGCGAGGAGGGUGCGAGAUUUGUUUAAAGCGGCUAAAGAACGUGCGCCUUGCGUAAUAUUUAUCGACGAGAUUGACUCCGUGGGUGCGAAGAGAACCAACAGCGUGUUGCAUCCAUACGCCAACCAGACGAUCAACCAGCUGCUGUCGGAGAUGGACGGCUUCCACCAGAACGAGGGUGUGAUAGUGCUGGGCGCCACCAACCGCCGCGACGACCUCGACCAGGCGCUGCUCAGACCAGGACGCUUCGACGUCGAGGUGUCAGUACCGACGCCGGACUACGGUGGUCGUGUGGAGAUCCUGCGGAUGUACGUGGCGCGUGUGGCUGCGCAGCCCGACGUGGACGUGGAGACGCUCGCCCGCGGCACCACCGGCUUCACCGGCGCUGACCUCGAGAGCAUGGUCAACCAGGCCGCGCUCAAGGCAGCAGUGGAGGGCGCGCAGACGGUGUCAAUGGGUCACUUGGAGGAGGCGCGCGACAAGCUGCUGAUGGGCCCCGCGCGCCGCUCCCGGCUGCCGGAUGACGAGGCCAACGCCAUCACUGCCUGCCAUGAGGGAGGACACGCCGUCGUCGCUUACUACACCAAGGACGCGCACCCGCUGCACAAGGUGACAAUAAUCCCGCGCGGACCCUCGCUCGGUCACACCGCGUACAUACCUGCCAAGGAGAGAUACCACGUGACGAAGCAGCAGCUGCUGGCCAUGAUGGACACCAUGAUGGGGGGCCGCGCCGCUGAGGAGCUCGUCUUCGGCCCUGACAAGAUCACAUCCGGAGGAUCAUCUGACCUGAAGCAGGCGACGUCUAUCGCAUGCCACAUGGUGCGUGAGUGGGGCAUGAGCGAGAAGGUGGGGCUGCGCGCACUGGAGCCCCCGCGCGGCGCACUCGCCCCCGCAGAGACCAUCGGCCCAUACACCAACGAGCUGGUGGACGGAGAGAUAAAGAAGUUGCUGUCAGAGAGCUACGAGCGCGCGAAGGCCAUCCUGCGCGCGCACGCGAAGGAGCACAAGGCGCUCUCAGACGCACUGCUCAAGUACGAGACAUUGGACGCGGAUGACAUAAAGGCGAUAAUGAGCGGGGAGAAGUUGAAGCGCGACAGACAGAACAGACAGACCAACAAGGAGCCCGCCUCCACCCCCACACCCACCUCC